CCGCUACCUCCUCUCUCUCCCUCGCUCGCUCCUCUCCCUUCCUCUCCCCUGCUUGUUCCCCUCGAAGUCCUGUAGGCCUUCCCCGCUCCUCUGUACACGUUCGCACAAGGCUUCCAUCUCCUCUGUCCCUGUCUGCCAUGGCGACCGAGGCCGAGCUCGUGAAACAAGUUUGGUCCGACGCCAAGACCAUCGCAGUCGUAGGAGCGACGAACAAGGAGACCAUGCCCGUCUAUGGCGUCAUGAAGUUUCUGCAAGCUGAGGGCUACCGCUGCAUCCCGGUCAAUCCGGGGGCUGCUCAACGCGGCGAGGAGGUGAUGGGACAGAAGACGUACGCGAGUGUCAGCGACAUAGAGGAGCAUGUCGACAUCGUUGACAUCUUCUUGCGCUCCGACAGGAUCGCUCCCGUGUUCGAGGACGCGGUGAAAAAGGGGGUGAAGACGAUCUGGACGCAGAUCGGGGUGGAGGACGAGGAGGCCGCGGCAGCGGCGAGAGGCCGCGGCGUCAACGUCAUCAUGAACCGAUGCCCGGCGAUCGACAUCCCGUCCAUGGCGAUCCCCACCCCAAGGAGCCGCAUGUGAGCGACAGGAGGAGGAGGAGGAGGAGGAAUGUAUGGAGCAAGGUGCACAAGCAUUCUAAAACUUCAUUGC